AUGGCAGAUUACGGAUCAGAUCAUGCGAUAUCCAGUACAGACGUCAAGCAUCCAGAUGGCAUGCUUGCAUAUACAAGCUGGGGUGAACUGGAAUUCAAGGGCCAUUCUUACGACAAAGGGGUCGCCGACUACCUUCCCCUCCUCGAGCCUCUAAAGACAAAGUGCGGUGCAAUUGCGAAGCAUCAGCCGAAGAAGCCUCGGGGCCAGCCUGCGAUGUGGUGGAAAGCACAAUGCAUCUUUCGGGGCCUAAAUGCGAAGGGAUCCAUCGCAGAUCUGCAGAACACUCUACGCGGCCACGAAGAUGAUCGAGUAUGUGAUGCUAUUGUACGACUUAGCGAGAAGGCGAAAAAAGACUUCGAUGUCAAGGAUACAAAGCAGAAGGAUCAUAAUUGGUUAAAUACGCUAUCUGAAGACGAGAAGGCGCAAAAAGACCCCGAGCGAUAUUUGAAGGAGAAGUUCAAGCAAGGAGAAAAGAGCAAAGAGAUUGUCCAAUUUCGAGCAUACAGUACAAAAUGGUUGCACGAAAUUGCUAAGGAACUCGGCCUUGAAUGCCGAACCACGAGAGAACCAAGUAGAUCGAUGUGGUCCGCGGUAGAUUAUCUGGCGAUUGUUGGCCAGGACAAGGAAGUCGUUGAGAAAAAGAUACAGUCGAUAGAUAAGGAAUCAGAACGAAUGCGGCGUGAGGCAGAGGAAGAACGAGAGAGACAAGAGAAAAUCGCCAAAGAUAAUGAGCGACAGAAAGAGCAAGCUAGAGAGGCUGCUCUGACGAAGUGCAAAGAUUGGGAUGUGACUGGUAUAUGGAAGAUCGACUGUCCUUCCAUCACGAAAACCUAUGGAAUGGAGGGUAGUGAUGAGCUUUCUAUGCAGAUAUUCGUCGAAACGACCAGCAAAGGCGCCCAGAUGUUUGCUAAAUUCAAUUUCGAGAUUAUCGAAGGGGUGAUGCGAGUCGAGAGGCAAUCUGUGGAGAAGCCAAUAUUCAAAGCGAAGGAUGCUGCCAAGUCCGCUUCUACGUCGGGAACAAAGCGUCGCCGAGAGCAUGAUUUAGACGAUCAGAGGGAUAGAUACGAUCGCUACAAUGACUACGAGGACUAUGAGGACGAAGACCGACGGAGUCCUACCCCAGAGGCAUUCUCCCUUGGACCAACAAAUCAGCCCUCAGCGGAACAUCCUACUUGGAACUACAGAUACCGAGCCUCAGAGACCGAGGGUGAAAUCCAACUUGAGGAAGAUAAAAACCUGUAUCAAGUCACUUUCCUGGGACCCAAAGGCCGCACAUUGAAGGGCACUAUUGGUGCGAGCCUGCUCAAGGAAUGUUCCUUCACUGGCGUCAAGUUUGAACCUCCCGGAAAGGAAGCUAUCGACAUCGGACAGGCUUGGGCGGAUCUCAGCGAAGCUGCUUAUAACAGGGCUAGCUAUUCUCGAUGGCAUUGA